CAAUAUAAUUCAAAGCUAGCUAGGACAUUGACCGCCUUAGUUUCAUCUCACGGAGCAGGCGGUAAGGUCCUCCGUGGCAGGAGAAAGUAGAAAAAACCACUCCCCCUUCAGAGCAAAGGGAAACUAAGCUCCCACGGAGAAUAGAAACCGAAACUUGCAGCCGGAAGAUCGCCCAGCUGAUUGAAUUUCAAGCGACAGGAUCAGGAUUCAGGAGGGAAACCAACAGCCCGCUGUGUUUCCCCAGCGGGCGAAGUUGUAAGUUUGGGAGCCGAGCUCUGGAUUGCUUUCCACGUGCGCGGAGACGGAAUCACCUCCCUUUCCCAAGCGGUUCCCCGCCGGCGGCUCCAGCAGCAGCAGCAGGAUGGAAGCGGCCGCCAGCCCAUCCCGGGACGAGUGUGUCCUCUACUUGAUCUCUUGCUUUAGAAACAGGAUCAAGGCCAGCGUCCAAGUGAAUCGAGUGCUGGAUAUGAUGCCGUCCCUCAGCCUCGACCAAAAACUUCAGCUCCGCGCCGUGGCUAAAGAAAAGGGGAACGUGGAAGCCGCGGAGAAGCUGCUCUCUGUGGUGGAGAAAGAGGCCGCCGACUCGCCGGGCUUAUGCCAGCAGUUUUGCGAGGCGCUGGUGCGAGGAGGCUACGGCGCCGCCAAUUACCUGGACCCCAGCCUGAGCGAAUUGCCCUCGCCCUCUUUGGAAGCGAUCGGCGACCUGGGCAAGGCUCUGGUGAACCUCUUCUUCGAUCGCCUCACCGACACGCUGCAGGCUACUCAGGUGGCCGUCCAGUGUUUGGGAAGGGGGCUCUUGGAUCUGGAAGACAUGGAGCGGGUAGUCGUCGAAAAGGAUAAAGAGGGGAAUAAAUCGGCAGUGAGAGAAAUGCUCCAUAGGAUAAUACAGAAGAAAGAUUGGUUCUCGCCCUUUCUAGAAGCCCUGAGGGGAGCUGACCAUGCAGACAUGGCUGCUUACAUAAGUGGGCACCCAAAUGAACUAGGCAUAAAUGGAGCCGCUGAUUCAUCAGAUGAAAUGUAUGAGGCACCAAGUUCUGAAGUGGUGGAGAAUCUGCAGCCAAGAACUGAAUUACAAGAAGCUGUGGAGAAUGAGAAGAAUGUAUCAGAAAAAUCACUUGAAGACCUCCCUGCCAUUUCAGAAUCUGAUGUCAGUUUGCAAGAAACAAAUGCCUAUGAUGUGAAUGCAAACUUCGGACAGAUGAACCUUUACAGUGAUGAUUCAGAUCCUAUUGAAAGUGGACACCAAAAACCAUCCUCUGAAAAAGAGCUGAGUCUGAGAGACUAUCAGAUGGAAGUGGCCAAACCAGCUUUGGAAGGGAAAAAUAUUAUUAUAUGCCUUCCCACAGGCACUGGCAAGACCCGAGUUGCUGUUUACAUUGCCAAAGACCACUUAGAUAAAAAAAGACAAGCAAAAGAGUGUGGAAAGGUUAUAGUUCUUGUCAACAAGGUGCCAUUGGUGGAACAGCAUUUAGAGAAUGAAUUUGGUCCCUAUCUGAAGCAUUCAUACCGAACACUAGGACUGAGUGGGGCGUCUCAGCUGAAAUUUUCAUUCCCUGAACUAAUUAGAGAUUAUGAUGUGAUUAUUUGUACAGCUAAGAUCCUGGAGAAUGCAUUGGAGAAAGUGUAUGAAGAUGGUGAAGAAAGGGUCCAGUUAUCAGUGUUCUCCUUGAUGAUCAUUGACGAAUGCCAUCAUACCCAGAAAGGAGCUGUCUAUAACAAUAUAAUGCGUUACUACUUAAAAGAAAAAAGGGAAAAUGAGAAGCGAAAGAAAGAAGGAAAACAACUGGUGGCUCAGCCUCAGAUUCUGGGGCUCACAGCUUCACCCGGAGUGGGAGGUGCAAAAAAUCAUUCAAAAGCAGACGAACAUAUUCUAACAAUAUGUGCCAAUCUGGAUGCAGAUGAGAUUGUGACUGUUCAAGAGCACAUUGUGCAACUGCAACAUCAAGCAAAAGAACCUCUUAAGAAAUUUGAGAUUGCAGAUGACAAAAAGGAGGAUCCAUUUAGAGAGAAACUCGUAAACAUUAUGACUGAGAUUCAAGGCUAUGGUCAGUUCAGUCUAAACGUUGAUUUUGGAUCACAGGCCUAUGAACAGUGGGUAAUUCAGGAGGAAAAGCAAGCUGCCAAAGAAGGGAUGCGCAAAAAGCGGGUAUGUGCAGAACACUUGAAGAAGUACAACGAUGCCUUGCUGAUUAAUGAUACUACCCGAAGGAUUGAUGCCUAUAACCAUCUGAAGAACUUUUAUGAGGAAGAAAGGAGCAAAAAGGUGGCAAUGGAUGAAGAUAAAGAAGAAGAUGAAUGCACGGCCUCUCAGCUAGAUGAAACCGAUACAUGUCUUAUAGAGUUGUUUUAUGACAGAAAAAGAGAGCUGGAAGAGUUAGCUAAAAAUCUACAAUAUGAAAAUGAAAAACUAACAAAAUUACGUACAACUUUAAUGCAACAAUUCACAAAGAACAAUGAACCCAGAGGAAUUAUUUUCUCAAAAACUCGUCAAAGUGCAUUUGCUAUCUCUCAGUGGAUUAAUGAUAAUCCCAAAUUUGAAGAAGUUGGAGUGAAGGCUCACUACCUCAUUGGUACAGGACAUAAUAGUGAAUUUCAGCAUAUGACUCAGAAUGAACAAAAAGAUAUCAUUCAAAAGUUCCGUAUUGGCAAAAUCAACCUAUUAAUUGCUACUACCGUAGCAGAGGAAGGCCUGGAUAUCUCAGAGUGCAACAUUGUUAUCCGCUAUGGUCUGGUUACCAAUGAAAUAGCGAUGAUGCAGGCUCGGGGAAGAGCUCGAGCUGAGGAAAGCAUCUAUGUGCUUGUAGCUUCAGAUGGAUCGGGAGCUGCUGAACGUGAAAAUCUUAAUAUGUGUCGUGAGAAAAUGAUGCAUCUAGCAAUUAAGCGCGUCCAAAAGAUGCCACAUGAAAAGUAUUUGCAUAAGAUCAAAGAGCUUCAGCUGCAAAGCUGCAUGGAGAUGAAAAUUAAGGCAAAGAAAGAACAGUUUAAACAAUACAAGGAGAACCCAUCCCUGAUCAUGUUCCACUGCAAAAACUGCAACAAUCAAAAAUGCUCAGGAGACGACAUUCAAGUUAUUUUAAAUAUGCAUCAUGUCAAUGUUAAAAAGGAAUUUGCAGACCUUUAUAUCGUAAAGGAAAAUAAGACACUGCAAGCAAAAAAAGCAGAUUAUCAAACAAAUGGGGACAUUAUCUGUAGAGAUUGUGGCCAGAUUUGGGGAACUAUGAUGGUAUAUAAAGGUCUAGAUCUUCCUUGCUUAAAAAUCAAAAAUUUUGUGGUGCAUUUCAAAGAUAAGAAACCAAAGAAACUAUACAAAAAAUGGAGCGAACUAGCCAUUAAUUUUCCAGCUUUCAGUUAUGCAGAUCAUUAUAUUUCUAGUGAAGAAGAUUAAGAAGGCCAAAAGACUCUAAAGACAGAUGGGAAUUUUUUUCUGCCUUCAGGUUUCCAAAGACAAGUUCAAAGAAACCUUUUUCUUAUGUUUGAAUGACUGCAGAUAUUGUGCAAAUCUUUUUUGUUUUUUCUGUAGCAUUCAGGGUUCUGUAUUUGUGAAUGGAGACAGUUCAGAUUUAAGUCACUGUGUGAAAAGAAAAACAUAGUUCCUGGGGCUACAUUUCUAACCAGGAUAUAAAAUGAUUCAGCGUGAGAAUUUGGUAAGAUUUUAAUAAGAUUUUCUGCAGUGGACAAAAAAGCCAUGCCGAUAAAGAAUUAUUUUAUUAAACUUAGAUCAAAUUUAUGCAAAAGGCUCUUAUAUUAUAGACUAUACACUAUAUUACAAUAUAUUUGUAUUUUACCCAGAUGUGUCAUUCUUUUAAGUAUUUGGCAGUUUGAAGUUUCAAAUUCAAUGCUAAAUGGAAAGAAAAAUUGUUAAACGAGCCUUUGGUUCUUUUUGGGUUUAUGGUAGUUUGUUUUAGCUCCAUGCCAUUUCCUUGCUUUCCCUAGAUGACUAUUUUACAUGGCUAAAAUGACUACAAUAAAAUUCUAAUGCAAUAAGCCACAUUGUUCUUAACAAUGCUUAUAAAGAAGUGAGUUGAAAAUAGAAGUAUUUGACGUGUUUGUGGAUCCUAAUACAAAUUUAUGAUGCUUCCACAUUUUCCAUGUCUAUAAACAAUUCAAAAAACA